AUAUAUAUGUUGCAUACAUAUAUAUGUACAUACACAUAAGCAAACGUGUAUCUGUGUUAGUGCGCGCAUAAGCUCGCUGGGCUCUGUGUGUAUAUAUUAGUGUGUAUGUGUGUGUAUUGAGCUUUGUACAAUACAAAAUUUUCACAUACAAUUGAAUGUGAAAAAUUGAAGAAAGAGAAUUUGCUGCAAAUGAAUGAAAAUUAAUUUGAAAUUCAACCACAGCUACUGCAACACAUAAAGAAGUCUCUCGAAAAAAGAUAGCGGACACAUCUAGGACAUCUACAAACAGAGGAAUUGUCCACACCCACAGAUUUCCCAAUUUUUUCCAGGGAAAAACACGAAGAACCGGAUAUUUAUAAAUUGUUUCUCGUGGCAGGGAAUGGUAUAUUUCUUGGGGGACUGGGGCAUGGGAGAUUCUGACUUGUCGUCAUAUCAGCAACAUGUUCCAAAUAUACAGCACCAACAUAUUCAUGGACGUGAUUUACUCCAACAGCAACAGCAACAACAGCAGCAACAGCAGCAGCAGCAACAACAACAGCAGCAGCAACAACAACAACAGCAGUUGGUUGCCCAGAUCUCAACAAGUCUGAAUCAAUUGCAAUCGCAAUUGCACUUUAGCAGCCACGCCUCAUUUCUCAGCGCUGCCCAGCAACAGCAACAGCAGCAACAACUGCAACAUGUGGCUAGCAGCAGUACCAGUAGCAGCAGUUUGGUAACCGCAAAUCUGCAACAGUUGUCGGUCAGCAGCAAUAGCAAUAACAACAGCAGUUGCAACACACCCACCAGACCACAACAGCACGUGGACAGUGGCAUCUCUGGCGGCUCUGGAGCUGGGUCUGCAUUAAAAGUUCAUCAAUAUCUGCUGAGGCAAUGCUCUGAAUCGGCGGCUCUAGCUGCCGCAUCGUCCGAUAAUUGCGGCAAGGCAGCACAUCCAAAACCACAGCCACAGCUAAGCAAGGAUCUCCUGGAUAAUGAGGAUGAAGUCGCACUACAUCCACUUUCCAAUCAGGUCGGAGGACACACUCGCUUGCUGUUGCUCAAUCAGUCGACGGUUAUAAAGCCCCUGAAUUUGCGCGAAUUGGAUUUCUAUCAAAACAUUCCGCAGGACAUACUGAAGUUUGUGCCCAAGUACAAAGGCGUUAUGCAGGCAACUACAAUGGGUGGCGCCAAGCUCGACAAGCGUUAUUCCCCUAGUUUCCGGGAGGAGUCGCCCGCCUCUGUACCCGCACCUAUGCGCAAGAUGAGCACCUCCAAGCGUAAGAGGGAAGAGGUUCUCAGAAUGAAAGUUCAUAAGAAUGGAAAUGCAGCUGAUGUUAUUAAAAGUAUUUCACAACUUGACAACACCAAUAAGCAAUACUUCCUCAUGCUCGAGAACAUCACUUCACAGUUUCGCAAUCCGUGCAUCUUGGACCUGAAAAUGGGCACACGCCAGCAUGGCGACGACGCCUCGGCCGAAAAGCGAUCCAAGCAGAUGGCAAAAUGUGCAGCCAGCACCUCUGGCACACUGGGCGUGCGUCUGUGCGGUAUGCAGACCUAUCAGGCGGACGUCGAUCAGUAUGCCAAGCGGGACAAGUACUGGGGUCGUGAGUUGAACGAGUCGGGGUUCAAGCAGGCGCUCCAUGACUUCUUCUACAACGGCUAUCGUUUACGUACGCGUGUUGUUCGGAAGAUCGUGCAACGUUUGCUGCAGCUCCGACGGGUUAUAGAAAAGCAAUCGAGCUACAGAUUUUACUCAUGUUCCCUGCUUAUUGUUUACGAGGGCCACGAGGAGAAUCCUAUGGCCCAUCCCAUGGAUUUGGACGACUGGCCAUUUGAUACACCUAAAUCAGCCACCGCAGUAUCGACUGCUGCUUUCGACUACCAUCCCGAGAACAGUAUAGACGAGGAUGAUAUUGAGGACGAUGAUGCGGGCAAUGAUGGUGGUGACGAACUGGAGCUGCACGAUACAGACGAAGAUUUACAUCUGGUUGCAGCCGACAGCGGCAAUGCAUCGGCUACUAAUAGCAGUACUGGUGGCGAAGCGUGCAACUAUGAUGCGGAUGCUUCGAAUGACUCCAAUUCGAGGCUAAAUCUUGCCACACGGCGUCAUCUGCACAAGCGAGGUUUCGCAGAAGCGGCUGCUCGGGGUGUUAAGCAAACCGCCGCCAGCUCGACAACAACCGACGAAGAGGAGGAUGAUGACGAUGAGCGUCUGGGGGCCAUGCCACCACCGCGCAGUUCCGGUGUGGUUGCCAAAGCGGCUGCUGCCAGCAAAGGCAAUGGCAACAGCGUACAACCUGCAUUCAUUCCAAUUUCAGAAGAGACAGUAUUCCUUGAUCCAGAGCCCACGUUGCCCAGUGUAACGACCUCAUCGCCACAUUCCGGUGACUCGUGGAUGAACUAUAGCAGCAAUAGCAGUGACGAUUUUUCCGGUCUGUCAGAGCAAAUCAAAGCCGUCGCCAGCGGCCGCCAGACAGGUAAUAACAGCUCCGAUGAUGCCAGCUCUGACUACGAGAGCAGCAUUAUUGGUCCAACAGAGGCCAUGUUCAAGCGCUACAAAUCACAGCAGUCCUUUGAUGUGUCGGCGCCGUGCACGGAACCAACAUCACCGCCGCACACCGCCGGCAAUUCGAGCAUCUCCAAUGGCACCACAACUGUCAAAUCCGUUGUAUCCCCCGCCUCAUCAAGUGCAUCGUCACUAAAAUCUGUGAAGGGCGCCGUAAAGCGUUUACGCUGUAAGGAUGACGACGAGACUUAUGCUCCGCACGAUUGUGACCCGCGGGAGGCAAAGAAGUCAACUAUUACUUCCACGCCAGUGUCAACAGUUUCGUCGCCCUCAAAGGUUCGCAACGCUUCAGGCACGGAGCGAAGCUGUGAGAAUAUAUCCAAUUCGUUGCUCGCUGGCAUAUUAAUGGAUUCAUUAGAGCGCACACAUGCCAUCGAAAAAGGCAAAAGUAAUGCUGAAGGGGAUGGCAAAAUUAACCACCUUAACAACAACUCCAGCCACAGCAUUGAACCGAAACUGGUCGGUGCAUGCUCAGGCAAUACCCAGCGUACAGCUUUGCGACAUGGGUCCAAAUCGCUUGACAUGUCAGCACCACCAACAGACGAUUCACGUUGCAUUGUGGAUGUUCGUCUCAUUGACUUUGCGCACACAGCUUUUGUUCCACGCAAUGGUGGCAUGAGCAUGCUGCCAACUACUGCCGCUACUCCCGUUCAUCAUGGCCCUGACGCCGGAUUUCUUACUGGACUUGACAGCCUCAAUCGCCUGCUUAAUGAGAUACUGGCCGACGAGCGUUUGUAAGCUGGGAUCGAGCCGGUGCCGACGUGGAUAAAUAAAUGAUUAGGCCCACGAGCAAGCGGACGAAUGGACGGAAAUGCGUUCAAUAAAAAGUACAAUUUGAUUUCAAAAAAUACCUAAAUUGUUGUAGCAACAUGUGUUAAAAUUUGAAAUUAAUCUUUAGUAAUUCGAAAUGUGAUUCAACUAAAAACAAAUUAACCAAUUACCACUAAACAGGAUGAAAAUUACUUAAGAGAAUCAAAAACAAGGAAAUUAAAAAAGUGAAAUGUUUUUUAAAUCCUAUGCAGUCAAGCAAGGAUAAAACUAUGAGAAAGGGUAGUAAAAACUAAGAAAAAAUAUGAAAGUAGACGGUAACAUUUGAUUCGAGAAUUAAAAAAUUGCUUCCAAAUUUACGUAUAAAAUAAAACCGUGGCUGAGAGUUAAUUCUUAUUGAUAGAAUAUUCAUGCUUCUGCAUUUUCCAAUCAUUAAGUAAAGUUAGCUUUAUAAAAACAAAAAAUCUCGUUAAUCUUGAUAGAAUUGAACUUUGCGUGCAACGUUCGUAAAUUUUGAUUAUGUAUUCAUUUGGAAAUAUGGCAACCACUAAAUUUUAAAAAUAACAUGCAAUACAUGCCAUUUUAUAACUAGUUAUUAAAGUACCAUGCAAAAUGACAAGGCGUAAUCCAGUAUUUUGUUGUAUUUUUGCUUUAAAUUGUUUCCUGUUUAAUUGUAGUGACAACAUAAAUCACAGUGAAAUAAGGUCUAACAAGCAAAGGUAAAUAACUUAAUGUUACAUUAAAUAAAAUCACCUAUUAAGUUAACAAUUAGCGAGCAGCGUAUAAAUAUAAAUCAUGCAAACGUAUAUAUUAUGUAUUACUUAUUCUAUAACUAUAAUUAGAAAAAAAAACUGAUAAAAACAAUGUAUAUUUUCACAUU